AGUAGAAGUAGGAGUAUAAUUUGAGGCAGAGGCAGCAACCCCCAAGGAGAAACCUAUCCGCACAGGAGUCCAAUGGCACAGCACGACAGCAAAGAGGUUAUCGACGGCAAUGAAGAGACGCAAUUGACGUCGGACCACAUGGACAAUGAUCUUCUGAAGCUUAUUCGCGACGCUGUUGGGGCAGUGCCUGUCAAUGUUGUCAAGGACUUCUGGUCUAUGGGGGUGUGCGCUCAAUGUAUCUUUCGGUUGUUGGGCCUUCAUGAGCUAAUUUGUUCUCACCCUUCACUCUCAAAUUCAAAAUUACGAACUAUUUUAGGAGAAGUGAGAGUUGGAGGUGAUGGGCUUGAUAGUUCUGGCACACAAGAGGCAUUAACUGCUCAUGAAUUAACUACAGAAACAAGCAUUUGCAAAAUCUGUUUAGGUGUAUUGCAGUUUUUGUUUUUUAAUGACAAUAAUACUUUUAUGAAGAAGGAUAGUGCAUCUGAGUUUGCUUCAGAAAUCGCCGAACUUGUAAGGCAACAGCAGUAUCAACAAAUUGGUAGUUUUUCUCUAGAAGUUUCAUUACCUCCACUUGUAAACAAAAAUGAUCGAGCUAUCUGGUGAGAUUCUCUUCUAUCUAAUAACCUCUGAUUUUCUGUUAGACUCUAAACUCGGGUCAGUAGGUGUGGUUGUUGAAUUAUUAUUUUUUUUGGGAAGGGGGGGGGAUGGUGUAUCUUAUGGGAUCUUUCACUUGUGGAUGUGUGGAGAGGCAAAAAUGGAUAAGGUUCAGAAUAGGUUAUCUGGGG